CAUUACACAAAAGUUAACUAUUUUAUGUUAGAAGACUCGAUGUCGCAAGAAGGAAAGGGAAGGAAUGGAAAGAAAGAAAUUGAGAAGCAGAAAUGCGCAGUGAUGAAGUGAUAGUGUUGUGGAAGCAUAACAGUUAUCCAAGAGGUGAUUUUGAUUCUUAAUGAGAUUCAGGUUUAGGUUUUAGAAACCAACACCAUAACCAUGAACAAUAAUCCAGCAAAGAAUGCUGCUACGCCGUCGUUUUUGGGCAAUUCGGGAACAACCUCGAUCCCCAUUAACCACCCACCACAACCAACCCAUCUUUUAUCACAGUCACAGCCUCAAACCCAAGGUGCUUCUCACUUCCCUGGUCACUUUCAGCUUUCGCAACCCCAAACCCAGGUGCUUGCACAACAACCUCAAUUUGCACACCCUCCUCAAACGCAGCAGCAGCAGCAUCAGCAACCUGUUAAUCAAUUGCAUAACAAUGUGAUUGCUAAUACGAAUGUGGCUACUACUACAACUGCAACUGCAACUGCAACUGCCAAGCGUGCAACUCAGAAGCCGCCUUCUCGGCCUUCUGGUUCGUCCAAUGCUAACCAACCCUCACCCUUUAAGACCAUGGAACUCACCCCGGCUCCUCCACGAAGGAAGAGGAAUUUGCCGGAUAAACAAAUACCGGAAAAGGUGGCUAAGCUUCUGCCUGAGUGUGCUCUUUAUACUCAGUUGCUUGAACUUGAGGCUCGGAUUGAUGCUGCUUUAAUUAGGAAAAAGAUUGACAUACAGGAGGCUGUUAGAAACCCUCCGCAUGUUCGGAGAACUCUUCGUAUUUAUGUGUAUAAUACCUUUUCAAAUCAGGAUAAGAAAAAUCUAGAAGAGCCUCCUUCUUGGUCCCUUAGGAUAACUGGAAGGAUAUUGGAAGAUGGUAAGGAUCCUGUGGCUGCGGGAAUUUCUCAGACUGCGAAUCCUUCUUACCCAAAGUUUUCGGCUUUCUUCAAGAAAAUUACCAUAUACUUGGAUCAGGGCUUCCAUCCGGAUAAUCAUGUCAUUGUGUGGGAUAGUGCUCGUUCGCCUCUACAACGAGAUGGUUUUGAGGUGAAGAGGAAAGGAGACAAAGAAUUCACUGCAGUGGUUAGAAUAGCGAUGAAUAAUUCGCCUGAGAAAUUUAUGGUUUCAGCACAGCUGUCUAAAGUUUUAGGGAUUGAGUUUGAUACUCGCCCUAGAAUUAUAGCUGCUCUUUGGCACUAUGUGAAGUCCAGGAAGUUACAGAGCCCAAAUGACCCUUCAUUCUUCAUGUGUGACGCUUCUCUCCAAAGGGUGUUUGGAGAAGAGAAAAUGAAAUUCUCCAUGGCUUCACAGAAGAUAUCACAGCAUUUGUCUCAACCACAGCCUAUACACCUGGAGCAUAAAAUCAAGCUUUCUGGAAAUUGUCCAGCUGGAACUACAUGUUACGAUGUGCAGGUUGAUGUGCCUCUUCCACUGGAGAAGGAUAUGUCUGCGUUUUUGGCAAGCAGUGAGAGGCACAAAGAGUUUGAUGCUUUUGAUGAAGUGAUUUGUGCUUCAAUAAAGAAGAUCCAUGAGCAUCGUAGGAGACGAGCUUUCUUCCUUGGCUUUAGUCAGUCUCCAGCAGAGUUUAUUAAUGCUUUGAUUGCUUCUCAGAGCAAGGAUCUAAAGCUUGUUGCUGGAGAUGCCAGCCAUAAUGCUGAAAAUGAACGGCGUUCUGAAUUCUACAAUCAAUCAUGGAUUGAGGAUGCUGUCAUUCGCUACCUGAACCGGAAAACUGCUCGAAGUGAUGCUCCCGGAGGCGUCUGAGAGAAAAUUGUGAGAUAGUUUUUUUUUUUUUUUUGGAGAUGAGGGGUUGAUUUUCUGAUAUUACUCGAUGGUCUUCUUCAGUUUUGGAGGGGAGUACUAGUACAGUAUAUUGACUCAAGAAUUUUGGUUACCCCUGGCUCAUUUUUGGAGUCCCUCAACCAUAUUUUGUAUCUAUUGAUUCUCAUGUGCUUAUCUUAUCGCCUAUUCGAAUAUGUUAAAAUGAGGCAAGGUCUGUUAUCAAAAAAAAAAAAAAAAAAAAAAAAAAA